AUGACGACAAAUGAACAUUAUUCGAGAAUACAGCUGGAUACAGACGGGGAUGAAGAGAUCUUGGGAAAAGCCAAAGAGCUAGACGGGCAGCUCCAAGUAUCUCUAUUCGAAGUCGACCAAACUUGGACAUCUUAUACGCUGAAAAUGAUACCUGGCCAUCUGACUAAUCGUCUUAUCGUUUUUCGCCCACAUCUAUCACGGGACCUUCUUGGAUGUAUUCGGGUGUACCAAGCUGGGACCACUGCGAAACUUUGGGACGUAUAUGAUUCGAGGGACACAUUCAUAGGCAAAGUUCCAAAAGAUUGUGCAAUCGAAGCAAUGGUGGUUGAUGUGAAAUUUAUCAAGCAGAGGGAGAGCCAGAGUUGA